AUGGCGGCCACCGUUGACAAUUCAGAGAGCUCUGUGAGGAAAAGACGUGUGGUUAGCAGUAAAACAGACACACAGCGUGCUUACAGCGGUGAAGAACAUGGAGCAGAAACCAGUGAAGACACUGGGAAGGAGAAGAGACUGGAGUCGUUACAGACUGGGACUUACUGGCUCACUCGUAUCGUGCUGCUGCGCUCCGUCGCCUUUAUUUACUUUGUGGCGUUCAGCGUUGCUUACAACCAGAACAAGCAGCUGAUAGGCGAGCGCGGCCUUAUGCCCUGCAAGAACUACCUCAACAGUGUGAAGCGCUAUGUAGGGGGAAAGAUAGGCCUGGCCGCCUUCGCAUACACACCCUCCAUCCUGUGGCUGUUAGACUGGAGCGACAUGGACGCCAACCUGGACGGCAUCGCCCUGGUGGGAAUGGCACUGUCUGCGUUUGUCCUAGUGAUGGGAAUGGCUAAUAUGGUGAUCAUGGUUACACUGUGGGUGCUUUACCACUCCCUGGUCAAUGUGGGACAGCUGUGGUACUCCUUCGGUUGGGAGAGUCAGCUGUUGGAGACAGGAUUUCUGGCCAUUUUCCUGUGUCCGGUAUGGACUCUGUCCCAGGUCCCCCGCCGCUGUCCCCCCUCCCUCAUCAGCAUCUGGACCUUCAGAUGGCUCAUUGUUCGCAUCAUGCUCGGAGCUGGUCUUAUUAAAAUCAGAGGCGACAAAUGCUGGAGAGACCUCACCUGCAUGGACUACCACUACGAGACCCAGCCAGUUCCUAACCCCAUGUCGUACUACAUGCAUCGCUCCCCAUGGUGGUUCCAUCGCUUUGAGACGUUGUCAAACCACCUCAUCGAGCUCAUCUUCCCGUUCUUUACCUUCUUGGGUAGGCGGAUGUGCAUGGUCAACGGCUCAAUCCAGAUCCUGUUCCAGGUGGUUCUGAUAGUAAGUGGGAACCUCAGCUUCCUUAACUGGCUGACCAUUGUUCCCAGUCUGGCCUGUUUUGAUGACGCAUCGCUGGGCUUCUUGUUUCGGUCUCGAGGUGGAGCCAAGAAGGCAGUGCUGGAGAUACAGAAUGAGGAUGCAGCUGGACGCAUCCCCAAACCCACCAAAGGUAUGUUGAUACGUCGGGUGGUGAACAUUUCUUUGGGCAUUCUGAUUGGCUACCUGAGCAUUCCCGUGGUGAUGAACCUGUUCAGUUCCAGGCAGGUGAUGAACACGUCCUUCGACCCACUGCGUAUCGUCAACACCUACGGGGCCUUUGGCAGCAUUACAAAGGAGCGUACCGAGGUGAUUUUCCAAGGCACUCUCAGCCAGGAUCCCAAGGACCCUGAGGCAAUUUGGGAGGAGUACCAGUUCCUGUGUAAGCCAGGGGACAUUUACAGACGACCAUGCCUCAUAUCACCGUACCACUACCGGCUGGACUGGCUCAUGUGGUUUGCUGCCUUCCAGACCUAUGAGCAGAGUGAGUGGGUGAUCCACAUAGCAGGACGCCUGCUGUCCAAUGACAGCACCGUCCUCUCCCUGCUCGACCACAACCCCUUCCAAGGCCGAGAAACUCCCAGGUGGGUUCGAGGGGAACAUUUCAGAUACAAGUUCAGCCAGCCGGGCAGCAGCAGCGCAGCUCAGGGGAAGUGGUGGCUGAGAAGACGCAUCGGAGCCUACUUCCCUCCCCUGGACCUGGAAGGACUCAGGGGCUACUUCCAAUCCAGGAACUGGCCCCACCCGCACAUACCAACAAACAGGAGCUAAAGCCAUGACCUCUGACUACUAGAGGAGAACGGAGGACUUCAGGGGUUGAGGUUGAAAAAAGGGAAUGUUAAAGUCAGUUUCAGUGAAGCUGCUGGAGUUGGACCAAAAGUGCCGUCAGGUUUCUACAGAUUGCAAAGUUUGAUAAAGAACUGCUUGAUAAAACCUGAAAUCAAACAUCCAAACAAUGUGAUGCUUUUUAAGGUUUCAUUUAGGGACACGUCUGUGUGUCACAAGUGACUACUGACCCUUGUACAUCAGACAUUUGAACAUUAAAACAGUUUUGAAUUCAUAUUUUGUUUUUCCCUCCAUUUUUCCCCCAGUGACUAAUAAUUUUUACAGACAGGAUAUUUAUUAUUGACUGAACAUUUCUGGGCUUUUGCUUCGUCGCUAAGAAUUUUACUAGCUCAGCUGUGGUUUAGAACGCAUUCAGCUAAAUUGUAAUUUGCGGUGGUUUGAGAAACAGCUAGGUGCUAACUGGGAUCUGCUCUCCGUGUCAAACAGAGCAGCUGUUAUAUGAAAAACUGGAGUGAUUUAUUUUUGUCUAAAUGAGCGAUACAGUUAGAAAGAAGGGAGCUUACCAAACCUCUGUAUCCUGCUCCUCAUCUCUGCUUGUGGCCAGCAGUGCAAGGUUACAUUGCUCACAACGAGCAUGACACGCCCAAAUUGUCUUCAAUCGAGUUGCAUUGUGGGGAAUGUAGGCACCAGUUUUUGACAAGGAAGAAGAGUGUGUGGAAUAAGAAAGACAAUCUUUUAAUUUUUUUAAAUUCUAUUUUAAACUGUCCAUCGUGAUUCUGAUAAUGUUUCAGGAGUGCAAUGCUAAUUCAAUGAGCUUUCCAUUCAUUGACUUUCUUCACCUGUCCACCUGAUGUUUUGGGUCUGUCCAGCCUUUUCAAGUCAUCCGAUCUCUUCCUCAUUCUCACUUUAAGCCCAUAAACAAUGAUCCAGCCUCGACUAUCCCUCCUUAACCCCAGCGUAGAUACAGUACACUGGCCUCUCUUCCUGGGCAUAUCUGUUGCCAUAUCGUCCACUGUGCCAAUGUAGCAUCCUGCCUCUGUUCUCCUGUAUUUGUUAUAUUAUAUCUGAGUUGUGUUCAGAUCAACUUUGUUGGAAUUAAGACUGAUUUUUAUACAAGUUCCAUUGUGUCAGAUUUCGCAUUUAAUAAUUCGGAAGUGCCUGGAAAACAAAUGUCAAUGCCUCAUAUCAGCCAUCUUUCAGUAUAAUUAAACCCUUAUGUAAUUGAUAUGGUUUUAUAUUGUUAAUGCACAGUAUUUUGAUCCUUGCAUGACCAACUCUGUAAUCAUACAACCACUUUGAUGCCAUGAUCUCUCACAAGUUGACAUCUUUUCAUCUCUGCUUUCAUCCUGUGUAAUGUGAACGCUUCAGAAAAUACUAUUUGACAGACAAGUACAUGAGAAAAUGAAAAUAAAUCAAAAUGUUUUCCUAAAUAUGAA